AUGGAAUCACUCAUUGGAAAAUCUACUAGAAUCAUCAUUCGUGCCACUCACACACAAAACGUUCUUGGUGAGAAGGGUCGCCGUAUCCGUGAAUUGACCACUCUUGUUCAAAAGCGUUUCAAGUUCCCCGAGAACGCUGUUGAGCUUUAUGCCGAACGUGUCCAAAACCGUGGUCUCUGUGCCAUUGCUCAAUGUGAGUCUGUCAAGUUCAAGCUUCUCAAUGGUUUGGCCGUCCGUCGUGCCUGUUAUGGUGUCGUUCGUUUCGUCAUGGAAUCCGGUGCUAAGGGUUGUGAAGUCGUUGUCUCUGGUAAGGUUCGUGCUGCUCGUGCCAAGGCCAUGAAGUUUGCUGAUGGUUUCAUGAUUCACUCUGGUAACCCUGCUCGUGAAUUCAUCACCACUGCUGUUCGCCAUGUUGAUUUGCGUCAAGGUGUUUUGGGCAUUAAGGUUAAGAUUAUGUUGGAUAACGAUCCUACUGGUCGUAACGGUCCCAAGCAAUGUCUUCCCGAUAUUGUCACCAUCCUCGAACCCAAGGAUGAGGCCGCUAUCACUGAGCCCUCUGCUCAAGAUUUCAGACCUGCUCCUGCUGCCGCUGCUCCUGCCGCUGAGGAAUCAACCGAAGCUUAA